UUAAACAGGUUUUGCAUAACUUCUGGCCAGCUUCAUGCGCCAGUUGAUAUGCAGCGCGUUAACGUACAGUUUCAUGUUAGAACUGGUUCCCCCGCCCUUGUGUUCCAGAGCCGUGCCCCAAUCGACAAAUUAACCUAAUCUUUCACUUUGUUAACCUGUCGCGGAGAAUGUUGCUGCAGAGCGAGGUCGAUUGAGGAAGGAGAACAGGGGAAAGGGUCGUCAAACUCUCUCGAAAGUCCGCAUUCUCCAAACUUCACAAAGCAACCCUGGAUAUUCUAUGUUAACAUCCAUCAACAUGAAUUUAUCUUCCCACAUCUCUUCCCUGGGUGAUCAGUUCAAAUCCACGGAGUAUAUUGAACCCCAUUAUAAGGAAUGGUAUCGGUUGGCUAUUGAUAAGUUAGUGGACGAAGGUAUCCCUGGCUAUGACGAAUUUCUCACCAAGGAAGGGCAAGGCCGGUUCCUGGCGGAGGAGGAACUUUAUUUUAUCAAGGAAAAUGUCAGAAAACCACCUCCGAUAAGUAUCAAUACUUUUGAAGACACCACAGAUGGCUCUUCCUCUGGCACCUACUGGCCGGUCCAGUCUGAUACAGAAGCUCCAGACUUAGACCUGGGGUGGCCUUACGUUAUAAAGGGAUUGGAGACCAAAACCAAAAUUGAUUUGUAUUUUCAUCCGCCAAGAGAGGACUCUCCAACAAUAAAGGAGAUAGUGAGGAAACUCAUCAGGAGUGCACACCAGGUCAUUGCUAUUGUUAUGGAUGUGUUCACUGACGUAGACAUCUUCAGGGAAGUUCUGGAUGCUGCCGCCAGGGACGUUCCCAUCUACAUUGUUCUCGAUGACUCCAACUUCAAACACUUUAUCACCAUGUGUGAGAACCAGGGUGUUCACCUCCAGAGGUUCAUGAAAAUCAGGAUUCGAACAGUCAAGGGCUUAGAUUAUCUUUGCAGGUCAGGAUGUAAGUUCCAUGGAAAGAUGAUGGAAAAAUUCCUUCUGGUGGAUUGUAAAACAGUGGUAUAUGGAACAUACAGUUUCAUGUGGUCCUAUGAAAAGAUAAAUCUCAGUAUGGUGCAAGUGAUCUCUGGGCAACUCGUGGAAUCAUACGAUGAGGAGUUUCGGACAAUCUAUGCCCGUUCAGACAUCCCCGACGUGUUUUCAGUAGAAAGUUCAAGACUACUGCCAGACGGAAGGAAGCCAUUAAUCUUGCAGAAUGGUAUUAACCGUGACUCUUAUCACCAUUCAGUGACGUCGGUUGCUUCAUCUACCAGCUGGCAGCAGACUUUCGAUAGAAUGAACCCCACGAGGCACACCCUUGACACCUUGUACAAAAAAUAUUACGGUGGGCGCAACGUACAACAGAACGACUGGGAUAAUAUGAGCAACAAAUCAAACACUCGGACAUUGUAUGGCAAGCCUCUCAUUACAAACAAUAUGGACACAACAAGUAGAGUUAGUCGUUUCCAGGCCUGUGAGAAAGAUUACUGGAAGAGGCAUAGCUAUGCUGGCGAGCAGCAAGAAACAUCACCAUAUCUUUUGCUGAAUCGAUCAAAAAACACCAGACCCUUAUUUCAACGAAGCAGUCAUAAUUUACUGGAGGAAAGUGAGAGUGUUACCUCUUCGAUCCGAGGUGAUGCUAAGCCCUAUUCCCAUGAGAAGACGGUUGACCAGUGGAAUCUAGGCAGAAUGAUGCCAAAAUUUGAAAGAAGCAUAAUCACGCGGAACACUUACCACGGCCCUAAGACGCUGAACUUACCCACUAACCACAAGCUGCCCACUCUGGAGAGUAUGAAGAAGGCGGGGCUGCGGAACUGGAGGAUUGAAAGUUACCUGAGGGAUCCCACAGCAUCUCAAACAAGCUCGAUCGUUGAUCCAUAUGAACCCAUUACACCCAGCACUAUCGACAGGGGGGAGAACUCCAUUGGUCACACAGUGCAAGGAAAUCCAAACCUGUUACAUUCCAGGCUGCGUUCUUCACUAGUCUACAAAACUCCUUUAGUGGGAGAGGAGGAAACAGGCAGCCAUAACUCAGGAUCAACAAGUUCAACCAUCGGUCCAGAUUCAGGGUCAACAACUCCUCGAAGGCUUUCAACAAACAGAAGUGUACAUUCUUUGAUUUACGCAGAGGAGAAGAGCUCAUCGUUGAACGUUCCAUCUGAGGUAGGAUCGGAACAGCGACCUAUGGCUCAAAGGUCUUUCAAAAGGGACACUGAAUUGAGUCAGAUUUCUAACCUCCACCGUCAACAUAGUUUCAGAGAGAGAUUCCGAACACAAUUGAAUGAACAAAGUUCAAUGCCCAAGCUGAGCAUUAAUUCCUCUGUUAGCCGGACACUAUCAAUCCCAGCUCUAAGUCACAUGCAAGGGAAUGAAACUCUAGGCAACCAAACCCUCGAUCAACAAUCAACGUUUAUCCGGAAAAGCUCAGAGAAAAUCAAAUCUCUCCUCAACAUCACCUCUGAGAGAAAAGAUAGCGGGCUGAGAAGCAGAGGAUCUGAUGCAUCUUACCAAAUGAGUGGCCGUGGUGAUAGAUUGAUCUCAGAAGAUGCUCAUCAGAAGCAUACAGAAUUUUCCUGGAAGGAACGAAGGGUUCAGAUGACAGGUGUAACUUCAAAUUCCACAAACAGUCCACAAGUUUCCCGAUCCAACAGGAAUGUGCAGCCAAAUUCAGAGGUCCACUUGCCUAGGAAAGAUUCGAAGCAUUUAGGAGAUGCAUCUGCUCCACGAUUUUCCACAGAAGAGUUGCACAUAAGUGAAAAUUUGGGUCCCUCUGUGUACUAUUCUUCUCACAGGAAGGACACCAGACCUGAGGAGUCCCAAGCCAAGGUCACUACAAAAGCACAGGGCAAUCCCAAUGAGCGGAAAGUGUACAGUCGAUUUGAAAAGCUGUACACAACACAAAAUAACAAUUUGACGCGGGAAGAAACAGUUUUGAAUCCAGUGCUAAAACAUCCUCCAAGUGGCAACCAAAAUACCUCAGUUGGUAACAGCUUUCGGCAUAGUUCUAGACCAUUCGUGGUUCACGGAAACCGCAUGCCCCAAAGAGCUCCCCAUAAUGAGAACAAGUUUGAGAAGCUCAUGCAGAGGUUUGUGGGGUCAUUCCGGCAUAAGAAAUAAGGAAAUUAAACUUUUGUUAUGAAAUUACUCAUGCCACAGUCACGUCAGGCUGAUGUUAACAAAUUGGAUAAGCAUAACAAUCCCAGAACAGUGCUAAGGCUGCACCAGUUAUUGUUGUUCACAUGCAUUAACAAUGCAGUAAGACAUAGUGCAAACCCAAAACCUUUUGCUUGACUGGCUCCAUAUUUUUUAAUUUGUAAAAUAAUUCCUUUGAGAAAGUUUAAUUUUGUCCUAUUGAUUUGGGACUUACCAUUUACUGCAUUAGAUGAGUGACCCUCCAUUUAGCAGAUUCAGAUUCAUGUCUGCAUAGCAGCUGGAGCAAUGCUAUCAUAGUACUGGGUUCUGCGGAGUUCAGAGUUCAAUUCUGGUGCUUUGUAUGUUCUCCUCAUGAAGUGCUUGGGUUUCCUUUGGGUCCUCCAGUUUCCUUCCACACUCCAAAGGCGCUUCAGCUAGUAGGUUAAUUGGUGAUGUAAACUGUCCUGUGAUUAAGCUGGUGUUAAAUAGGUGGGUUGCUGGGCAAUGUGGCUUGUUGGGCUGGAAGGGCCUGUUCAGCGCUGUUUCUUUAAAUAAAUGCAGGAUUUAUACAUGUGAUAAAUAACACAGAUGUGUUCUAUAAACGUAUAGCGAAAAGUGUCACUUGUGUUGACAACCAGCACAGCCUCAGGAUGUGCUGGGAGGCGGCUUAAGUGUCACUUCACAUUCUGGUGGCAGGAAUCUACCAAUGCAGGAAUGCUCCUCCUUCUGAAUCCCCUAUGUUACGCCAAACACCAGGUUAACUGGCAUUUAGGUCAAAACAUUAUUGCAGUGAUAACUGUAGGUUAGGGGUUCAUCCCCACCACUGGAUGUUUUGCCCGUGGCAGCUUGGCUUUCCUCCGGGUGCUCUGGUUUCCUCCCAUAUUCCAAAGCUGUAUGAUUAGGGUUAGUGAGCUUUGGGUAUGCUAUGUUGGUGCCGGUCGCGUGGUGACACUUGUGGGCAAUCCUUGUUGAUUUGAGGCAAUACGAUGCAUUUCACUAUAUGUUUCGAUGUACAUAUGACAAAUAAAACUAAUGUUUAAUGCUUAAAUCAUCACCUUCUGUAAAGGAGCAUUUAUACAGUGCUGGGAGUAAACGCCAAAGGAUAGUUGAACAAUUGAUUCAGGCAGCAGUCACCUGUUUGCACUCAUUGAAGAAGUUGGGCAGUAUUUGUAGCUUGUGUUUCAGUUUAUGAUCCUAUCUGAUGGGAAUAUCCCCAGGCAGUGUGGAUCAGAAUCACAAUCAGGUUGAUUCACAUAGAACAUAGAACACUACAGCACAACAUUAUGAUGAACUUUUAACCUACUCUGAGAUCAGUCUAACCCUUUCCUCCCACAUAGCCCUCCAAUUUACUAUCAUCCAUAAGAGCAUAAAACCAUAAGAUAUGGGAGCAGAAUUAGAUCUCUCGGCAUUUCGAGUCAGCUCUGCCAUUUCAUUGUGGCCGAUCCAAUUGUCCUCUCAGCCCCAGAGUUCUGCCUUCUCCCUGUAUCCCUUCAUGCCCUGGCCAUUCAAGAAUCUAUCAACUUCUGCCUUAAAUAUACAUAAAGUCUUGACCUCCACAGCAGCAUGUAACAAAGAAUUCCACCAUUCUCUGGCUAAAGAAAUUCCUCCUCAUCGCUCUAAAAGGAUACCCCUCUAUAGGUCUUUGACUAUUUUCCUAAUCUGCCUGUCUUUCUGAGGCCUCUCUACUUCCUCAAAAUUACUUGUCCUUACACCUAUCUUCAUUUUGUUUGUAAACUUUCCAACAAAGCCAUCAAUUCCAUCAUCCAAAUCAUUGACAUAUAUUGUAAAAAGAAUCAGUCCAAGCACAGACCCCUGUGGAACACCAAUAAUCACUGCCAGCCAGCCAGAAAAGGCUACCUUUCUUCCCACUCUUUGCCUCCUGCUAGUCAGCCGCUGUUUUAUCCAUGCUAGAAUCUCCCCUGUAAUACCAUGGGCUCAUAGCUUGUUAAGCAGCCUCAUGUGGCACCCUGUCAAAGGCCUUCUGAGAAUCUAAGUACACAACAUCAACCGAUUCUCCUAUCUAACAGUUUCUUAAAUGUCCUUUAUGUAUCUGCCUUUGUCAACAUCUGUGCCAGGGCAUUCCACACACCCAUGAUUCUUUGAGUAAAUUAAAGCUUAUCUCUGAUAUCCCCUACUAUGCUUUUUUCCAAUUCACCUUAAAGUUAUGCCCCCUUGUAUUAGCCAUUUCUGCCCUGGAAAAGGUCUCUGCCCAUGCAUUUGAUCUAUGUCUCAUCAUCAUGUACACCUCUAUCAAGUCAUGAAAUUUGUUGUUUUGGUCAGCACUACAGUGCAAGAUAUAAAACUAAUUGUUAUUAGUUACAAUAGAAAAUAAUUAAAUGGAUAAUGCAAAAGAGAAAUAAUGAGGUAGUGUACAUGGUUCAUGGACUAAUUCAAAAGCUGAUGGUGGAUUGAAAGAAGCUGUUCCUAAAACAUUGAGUGUGGGUCUACAGGCUCUUGUAGCUCCUCCCUGAGAAGAAGGCAUAUCUCAGACAGUGAGGGUUCUAGAGUUGAAUGUCUUAAAGCACCACCUAUUGAAGUUAUUCUUGAUGGUGGGGAGCAUUGUCCAUGUGAUUGAGCUGGCUGAGUCUGCAACCCUCUGCAGCUCUUGAUUGGUGCAUUGGAGCCUUCUUAUCAGGCCAUUGAUGUUGAUUUCAGGCAGGGACAGUAUGGAGCAUGGGGAGGAGGGUUGGGUAGCAUGGUAACAGUUAUCAUAACACAAUUAGAACAUCAACGAUCCACCAUUCGGGGUUCAAUUUCCACCAUUGCCUCUGAGGAGUCUGUAUGUUCUCCCUGUGAUUGUAUAGAUUUCCUCCAGGUGCUCUGGUUUCCUCCCACAUUCCAGAGAUGUACACAUAGGGUUAGUGAGUUGUGGACAUGUUAUGCUGGUGCCUGAAGCAUAGCAACACUUGUGGGCUGCCAGUGCAAUCCUUGCUGAUUUGAUUUGACACAAAUGACACAUUUGACAGUAUGUUUCAAUGUAAAUCUGACAAGCAAAGUUAAUUUUUAAUAUUUGGGCAUUCACUGUCUCACAUUCAUUGUAAUUGGAAGCAGAACCUGGGUCUAAACAGGCUGCAGAAGGUUUAAGGUCACCAGAUCACUUCUGUCAAGGUCUCAACAACCAUUAGAACAGCAUUCAUUGGAGAAAAUACCACCUAAGGACCAGCUAAGGAAUACAAGUGUGGAUCCUCUCCAGGCUGAUUUAUUGUGAGAGCUGGCAUCUUCUGGGGAUGAUAUUUAGUGUGGUGAGGAAUGGUAGGAAUGCACUGAGGAACUAGGAGUGUGGGGGUUGGGGGUAAGAGGAGGUGAGGCUGACUCCUGCAUACACAGACCCUCCUUUCUCCUCGCCCAUCGCCAAAAUUGCCAUCUGCAUCUGCUACCUCUGACAGACACUGAGAACAGUUCCAACUUGUGCUGCCAGUGUACCUGUUCUACACCCAGAAUGCAAGCUAAUUUGAACUUAGAAAAAGUAUUUAACCACUCUUUGUAACACUAACUUUGUUAGAAAUUCUGCUGUGGUCAAUAGUUCUCAGUAUUCAGUAAGAUUAUAUUUGCUUUCCUUCCAAAAUGUGCCUCUCAUGUGGAUGAGCCAACAUUUGAAAGUAGAGUAUUGGUUACACUGCUUUAUUACACGUUGUACAUGCAGCUAAGGGUAUCAUUCUACACAGAAGGUUUGAGAGCCUAUUUAAUGCAUGUUAACAAGUUACAAUCAGCAAUUACCAGAGAAACUGGACAGCCCUUUAAAUAUACCCAAUGACUUGUCCAGAGCUACCUGUGGCAAUGACUUCCACAGAUUCACCACCCUCUGGCUAAAGAAAUUCCUCCGCAUUUCUGUUUUAAAGGGAUGCCUUUCUAUUCUGAGGCUAUACCCUCCAGUCCUAGACUCCCCCACCAUAGGAAACAUACUCUCCACGGCUACUCUAUCUCAGCCUUUAAGAUAUUCAGUAGGUUUCAAUGAGAUCACCCCAUCAUUUUUUUUAAACUCUAGUGAGUACAAGUCAAGAAUCAUCAAACGCUCCUCAGACAUUAACUAUUUCAUUUCCAGGAUUAUUCUAGUGAGCCUUGUCAGGACUCUGACCAAUGUCAGCAUGUCACUUCUUAGAUAAGGGGCCUAAAACUGCUCACAAUACUCCAAGUCUGAUCUGACCAAUGCCUUAUAAAGCUUAGAGUUAUAUUCUUUUAUAUUUAACACUCUAGUCCUCUUGAAAUAAUGCUAACAUUGCAUUUGCCUCCCUUACCAUCAACUCAACCCUCAAGUUAACUUUAAGGUAUUCUUUGGAAAUGAGCAUCAUCAUUCCUGGGAAAUGAUUAACCUGGAAUUUUCACAGGGAACAACCAAGCUUUGGAUAGCUUUGGAACCUCAAAGUAGUAUAUGGUGACAUAUAUGUACUUUGAUAAUUAACUUACUUUGAACUUUGAUGUCAUUGUAAAAGUGCUUCUGCCUUGUUUCCUGUAGUAUAUACAAUGUAUAGAUGUAGAUUUUUUUUAAAUUACAGCUACUGUCUGUUGCAAAUUUUGUACAGUGGGGUUUGUAAAAACAAGUUGAUUUAUUAAACUUUUAAGAUUUUUAUUGAAACCUGCA